GGUCUGAAUAUUACUACUACUAUAUAACUAGAAAUAAUAAAAUCAUAAGAAAUCCAACUAUCUUAGUCUCUUGUUAGCGUUACUGUUUCAGUUUCCAAUCAACUCUCUAUUCUCUCCGAUUCCUCUCUGAGUCGACUCACCGCCAUGGACGAGCGAACUCAACAACCUUCAAACAACGACCCUUUCCUCCUUGAUUAUUCACCUUCCGAUCUCCGAACCGCCUCUGAGUUCCUCAACCUAUGGCUUCCCUUUCUUUCCAGAGAUCUUUGCCGCCGCUGUUCUCAAUCUCUCUCCGAUCGAAUCCUUUCCCUCGACCCAGAGUCUCAAAAUCAGAACGGAAAUUCUGAGGUUAAGGAUGAGUUGGAAGACAACUGUGAAUGUCAUUCUCUUGGGAGUUGGAAAGAUGAGGUUCAAGGGAAUUCAACCUUGGAAGCUCAGAGUCCACGCAUGUCUUGGGCUGAUAUGGUACAAGAAGAUGAUGAAUUUGGUGAAGAUGAGAUUGAUCAAAAUGACAACAACAAUAACAACGUUGGUGUUGUUUUAGGGAACAACAACAACAACAACAACAACAACAACAACUUAGGUGAAAAUAGGGUUGUUGUUUCUGAUAAGGCUACUUUGCCUAGGGAACAAAGAGAGUAUAUUAGGUUUAUGAAUGUGAGGCGUAAGAAAGAUUUUAUUUGUUUUGAAAGGGUUAAUGGAAAAUUGGUUAACAUUCUUGAAGGACUUGAGUUGCAUACUGGGAUUUUUAGUGCUGCUGAACAGAAGAGGAUUGUUGGUUAUGUUGCUUCUUUACAAGAGAAGGGGAGAAAGGGAGAGCUCAAAGAUAGGACAUACUCAGCUCCUAGAAAGUGGAUGCCGGGCAAGGGACGCCAAACUAUCCAAUUUGGGUGCUGUUAUAACUAUGCUGUGGAUAGGGAUGGAAACCCACCUGGUAUUCUCCACGAGGCAUCUAUAGAUCCUUUACCUGAUCUUUUCAAGGUCAUCAUUCGACGUCUGGUCAAGUGGCAUGUACUCCCAACUACCUGUGUGCCAGAUAGUUGCAUCGUGAAUGUUUAUGAAGAAGGGGACUGCAUACCUCCACACAUAGAUAACCAUGAUUUUGUUCGACCAUUUUGCACUGUCUCUUUUCUAAGUGAGUGCGACAUACUUUUUGGAUCAAACCUGAGGAUUGCAGGUCCUGGUAAAUUUGAUGGUUCAUUUGCUAUUCCUCUACCGGUAGGAUCUGUACUUGUCUUAAAUGGAAAUGGAGCUGAUGUAGCUAAGCAUUGUGUACCUGCAGUCCCUACAAAAAGGAUAUCAAUCACAUUUAGAAGGAUGGAUGAAUCCAAGCGACCUUCCGGAUACGUCCCAGAACCUGAUCUUGAGGGGAUCCAACCAUUGUCCUAUGAAGCUCAGCCUCAGCAAGAAGAAAAUAUCAUGCAAGAAGAAAUUAUCAAGCCAACUGUUGUGCAAAACAGACCUAACAAUCAUGAUGAGAGGAGAAAUAACAAUAACAGAAGAGGUGGCAGGAUUGAUGGAAUGGGAUCUGCACCUAGAAGCGAUAGAUUCUCAGAGCCUCGUGAGUGGAAUCAAAAUUCACCAAGAUCUGCUCCAACCCGAAACAACAGUAGAUAUUCAGAGCCUCGUGAGUGGACUCAAAAUCCACAAAGAUAUGCAGCUAGAAAUGAUAGAUUUUCUGAGCCUCGUGAGUCGCCACAAAGUUCACAAAGAUCUGCAAAUAGGUGGAGUAGGGUAAAGCCGAGCAGUUAACAAGGUGGUAUAUUAUUAGAAUCUGAGGUUCGUACAGGUUCACAGUUAAUUCUCUGGUCUUUUAUCCCAUCAAUUGGUAAUGUUUAUGCGAUUCGUCUACAUAUCAAAUAGAUUUGUCAUGAAAGGUUUCUUAACUUUGGUUUUCGAGAAUGAUAUACUCUGGCAAUUUUAUCAUAUGACGAUUGGGGGAUUGGGGGCUGCUUCGACAUCUUGAAUUCGUUAGCCAGAGGUGCUGGUAUAUAUUAAUUUGAGUGAACUUACAAAACAAUAAUGGUUACAAUUCAUUUUUGAGGUAAUAAUAUUGGUUGCUGUGUGAGGUCUGCAUUUUUAGCAUUGCUAGAGUUGCUUGGUUUGAGAUUUGUAGUGGGAUAUAAUCAUUUUUAAAUUGCUUGCCUGUGAAAGGAUGAUUUUAGGAAUGUUGUUUAGUACAACAAACAAUUAUACAUAUUGUUGAUCAUUACAUGUCUGAUAUAUUUUUUGCAA